CACCUUGAAAAUGUAUUUGAUUGAAAAGUAUUUUCUCGUUUACGAUUUUAAUAGCAUUUAGCAUAAAAUAUGAAUUUUAUAAAGCACUUAGCGCCAUCUAAGCUGCACGUGAUGAAACGAAUGUGUCGAACCUUUUUGCAUUUAUAUUGUUGAAAUUGAUAAUAAAUUAAAUAUUGAAUGACCGAUGGCAAUUCCUUCGCAGAACGCGAUACGGUUACCGUUGUUAAUGUCUAUGAGAAACGUCUUUGUUGGUACGAACAAUUGCAACAAGAGAUACAUUAUGACAACUUGCACAAAGCUUGAAAAAGCUUUGGAAAAUCUUGAAAAAAAUCCUUUCUUCGAGAAGUAUGCUAAGAAAAUAGCAAAAUUCCAACAGACCAAUCCAGAAGAGUUCUUACAGCGGGUUGAAAAGGAAGAAGAGAAAAUUCAAAGAAGGAGAGUCCAUUUGUCAAGAUCUUGUCAUACUCAGUCUUUAUGGACGUUCCCAUUCUUAAUGACAAGAAUACAACCAUGGACUUAUGCUAAAAAAAGGAAUUUUAGUGAUCAUGUAAAUAAAAGCAUAUAUAUUACUACACCUAUAUUUUAUGUUAAUGCUGGACCACAUAUUGGACAUCUUUAUACAGCAAUCUUAGCAGAUGCCAUAGCUAGGUUUAAUACUAUGCUAGGACAUUCUGUGUUUUUAUGUACAGGUACAGAUGAACAUGGCACAAAAGUUCAAAAAGCUGCAAAUAAUACAAAUUUAUCCAUUUUUCAAUAUUGUACUCAAGUUUCACAUGAGUUUCAAGAAAUGUGCGAUGUGUUUCAUGUUCAUUAUUCAAAGUUCAUUAGAACAACUGAAAAACAACAUCAGGAAGCAGUUUCUCAUUUUUGGAAUUGUUUAGAAAAAAACGGAUAUAUUUAUCGAGGAAAAUAUUCUGGCUGGUAUAAUGUAUCAGAAGAAGCAUUUGUUCCAGAUAAAGACGUAGUAAAGAUUGUUGAUAGCAAUCAAGGAUAUACGGAAUCAGGAGAUUUAGUAGAAUGGAUGGAUGAAGAAAGUUAUAAAUUUCGACUUUCUUCUUUUAAAGAUGAAUUAAAAAGUUGGCUGAAAAAUGAAAAUGUAAUAGAACCGGCAGUAUAUCGCAAUAUAUUGAUUCAAUGGUUAGACGAUUUACAAGACUUAAGUAUUUCUAGACCUAGUAAACGAGUGUCUUGGGCAAUUCCGACUCCUUCUGAUAAAUCUCAUACAGUAUAUGUAUGGUUGGAUGCAUUAGUUAAUUAUUUAACUUCAGUAGGAUAUCCAGAUGAUUCAUUUAAAAAAUUUUGGCCACCAACUGUACAAGUUAUAGGAAAAGAUAUACUGAAGUUUCAUGGUAUAUAUUGGCCAGCAUUUUUAAUGGCUGCUGGUCUGGAACUGCCAAGGAAACUUGUAUGUCAUGGACAUUGGGCUGUUAAAGAUAAAAAGAUGUCAAAAUCCAAAGGAAAUGUAACAUCACCUUUUAACGUGAUGAGAACUUAUACACAAGAUGGUCUGAGGUAUUUUCUUUUACGACAAGCUGUACUGGACACAGAUGCAAAUUAUAACGAAUUGAAAAUUCAAAAUAUAUUAAAUUCUGAACUUGCCAACGUAAUAGGUAAUUUAAUUAAUCGCUGUUUUGGUGGAAAUAUUAAUCCAGACAGAAUAAUAUAUAACUUUGCUGAAUAUAAAAAUAUUUUAAAAUCUGAGAUAGCCCUUAAGAAUAUAAAAGCUUUGGAAGAAUUAGGUGACAAUGCUAAGAUGUGCUAUGAGAAAUAUAAUUUCUAUCAUGCAGUAGAUAUUGUGUUGAAUAUGUUACGCACGUCUAAUCAAAUGUUUCAACAUUAUGAACCGUGGAAUUUAUGCAAAUCAAAAGAUCUUGAUUCUGUAAAGCAACUUGAAGCUGUGGUAUCUUUAGCUUUGGAAAGUUUACGAAUAGCCGGUUUAGUAUUGUAUCCUAUUAUACCAAAUUCGGCUUCUAAACUUCUUGAUUUUCUUCAAGUUCCAGAAGGAAAUCGUACCUGGGAAGAUACAAAACCGAUUCAUUUAACAAAUGCUUCGAAUGAAACAAAACACGCUUUGUCGGAGAAUAUAUUAUUUUUUAGAAGAAUAAAAAGUUAUUAAUAUUAAAUAGGUUUAGGAUGAUAAGGAUGUAAUAAAAUAUUGCAAAUUUGAUAUUCGCGUGGAAGUCUUACGUUAAUAUAUUUACAGAGAACGGUCAUUCAAAUAUAUCAUUAGUAUACAUCGACUUCGUGCACAUAUCAUUCCGACAGAGAAAACACAGGAUCUCUUUGAUUUUUUUCUUUUUUUUUUUUUUAUCUAAUUACGGUAUCCUAAGUGUAAUUUUUCAUUUGCCGGAAUGUAGUACACAUUGUGAAUCGCUGAUAUAGAUGGAAGAGACUCAAUGAGCGUCGGUUGCAUUUCGCAAGGAUUUUUCUCGCUUAGAUAAGUGACGCAGAUUUGAGUUAGAUUCGACGGGUUGCGCAACAGUUUUGGCGACACGUUAGCACCUAAACGAAAUAUCGCUUACAAUGCAAAAAUACGUGGAUCGCGUGUUGGUGUCCCGUCAAAUAGAAAAAUAAAUAAAUGACUAUUUACAAGA